CCUCCCACUUCCCUUCCUUGUGGGCCCCGCACUCUCCCUCUGCCUCACCUCCCGCCACCGGUGGCUCCGUCGCCGCCGUCGCAGCUAGGGCACGGGCUCCCCGGCGACCGGAAAUCCCUGGCCGCCGGUGAGUUCCCUCUAGCGUGCCACUCCCGCGCUGCCCGUGCUUGUUCUUGUCCUCCUGCUCCUGCCCUCAUCCCGGAUUCACCUCGCAGGCCUCGUCGAGCACCUCGUCGGCAGUUAGGUCGUCACACCCUCUUCCAGGCUUCCGACAUCAUCGAACAUCCCCUUUUUUCUGACGGCGCCACCGAAGACAUUUGCAGGUCUUCUUCCGCCGUCAGACCUCACCUCGAAUUCUGCGCUACUUGUCGUCGAUGCCACUCCUCUCGACUGCCAUUGGAGGUGCAGAUCCAUCCGGACUUGGAUUGAUCUCCUCUUCUGUGGGACCUGGCAUGCCAUAGGCUCUGUUUGCAUCUGAGAAAAGUAAACUGAUCCAAGGUGUUCAUAUACUUUUGAGAUAGUUUAGAAAAGGGCCUGAAAGCCUUGUGUUGAUAACAUUCGGUGUGAAGGGUAUUGAUUCUAGGAACCAAUUCGGUAAUAAGUACGAUGGAGUGCGACAGAGAAGAGGCCUUGAAGGCCAGGGAAAUUGCUCUUAAGAAAUUGGAAAACAGAGACUUCGUUGGUGCUAAAAGAAUUGCCCUUAAAGCACAAAGAAUUUUUCCAGAGGUUGAGAACAUAUCCCAGGUGUUAACUGUCUGCGAAGUGCAUUGUGCAGCAGAAGCAAAGAUAAAUGGAGUGUUGGACUUCUAUGGAAUUCUCCAAGUGGAGGCAACAGCGGAUGAGACAACCAUAAAAAAGCAUUAUCGUAAGCUUGUCCUAUCACUUCACCCUGAUAAAAACAGUUAUGCUGGCGCAGAAUCUGCUUUCAAAUUAGUUUCAGAAGCAUACUCAACAUUGUCCGAUCGAGCAAAACGAUAUGCAUAUGAUAUCAAAUGGAGGGUUACUUAUACAAGUGCACCAAAGCAGGCUACACGGCCAACACAGGCUGCAGCAGCAACACAGGGUACACAACCGAAUCUGGCUACACAACCAAAACAGGCUGCAAAACCAAAACAGGCUACACAACCAAAGCAGGCUACACAAUCAAAGAAGGCUACAGAAAUGAAACAGGCCACACAGCCAAUGCAGGAUACAGAACCAAAGCAGACCAGUCAACCAAAGCAAGGUACAGAGCCAAAGCAGACCAAUCAACCAAAGCAGACUACAAGACCAAUGAAGACUACAGAGCCGAUUAAGAAAAAUGAUGCAAACAGAAGUAGUGUGGCAGGAUAUGGACCAUCAGAUCCAUCGCCGACUGAUGCGUUGACAUUCUGGACCAUAUGCAUCCACUGUAAAACAAAAUAUAAGUACUUCGGUGACAUACUGAAUCGUUGCAUCCGCUGUCAGAACUGCAGCGAAAAUUUUGUUGCAUAUGAGUUAAAUAAACAGGAUGCGCCUUCCGUAUUCUCAUCAAAAGCAGCCAAUGGCGCUGGACAACAGGGCAGUGUUCCCACCCAACAAGGCUCUUCUAGAAUCUUCUCUUCUGGAGAGAACAAACAGGCAAGAUCCGAGAUGAAAGGAGCAAAACAUGAUGAACAAACGAAGAAUGCAAAACCAGGUGAUGAGGGGAUGGUUAAUCAUACAGAGACAAGUGGAAAAGUGGGAGCUGAAUUUUGCACAAGGGAUCCGUCUAAAGCUUCUGUACCUAAUGCAGCUAAUGCAGAUGCUAAGGCAGGUGGAAAGAUGACAUCUGACACUGCCGAACCAGAUGUUGGUGACAGGCAAAACCUAGGCAGUGGGGUGGAUACAUCAGCAGAGCCAGGUGCCACAGGGAUCCCUAGUCAACGCAGAUCUUCUAGGAGAAAGGAAUGUGUUGAUGCCAACAACAUCCUGAAUUCUCCAAGGAAAAUGAGGCGGACACUGGAAGAUUGGUUCUCAAAUGCUGCCUCCGGUUCUGAAAAAAUGUUUGAUGAUAAUGUUGCCCGUGCUGAUGGACAGGCUAGAGAACCUCAUGUCUCCAGCGAAACAAACAACCAAGGGAAGGGAAGUGCCAUCAAUGAAGGCAAUCAAAGAAACAACAAACAAGAAGUUACUCGUGAUACAACUGCUGAGAAGCCUUGCAAUUCUAGGAACUUUUCAUACCCUGACCCAGAAUUUUUUGACUUUGAUAAGCACAGGGAUGUCAAUCUGUUUGCAGUUGAUCAGAUAUGGGCACUUUAUGAUGACCUUGAUGGCAUGCCAAGAUAUUAUGCUAGAAUCAGACAUCUUGAUACUACCAACUUCAGAGUUCAGUUCACUUGGCUAGAGCAUGAUGCAGCGAAUGAGGAAGAGGGCAAAUGGACUGAUAAUGAAUUGCCUGUUGUUUGUGGGAAUUUUUUGUUAGGAAAAACAGAGGUGUCACAAAAUCCCCUCAUGUUUUCUCACAUUGUUUCAUGGGCGAAAGGCAGAAAAAGGGGUUCUUAUGGAAUAUAUCCCCGUAAGGGUGAGGUAUGGGCUGUUUAUAGGGGUUGGAGUAUGAAGUGGAUUUCAGAUGCAGAUAAUCAUAGAUCCUAUGAAUACGAAGUUGUGGAGAUCCUUUCAGCCUUCACAAUGGAAGCUGGUGUUGCUGUUAUCCCUUUGGUCAAGGUUGAAGGUUUUGUGAGUCUGUUUGCAAAACUAAAGGACAAAUCAUCAUUUAUUAUACCGUCAAGUGAACUACUUCGAUUUUCCCACAGUAUCCCAUUUUUCAGAACAAAGGGAAAUGAGAAGGUUGGUGUUCCAUGUGGAUUUCUUGAACUAGAUACCGCGUCGCUUCCUAGUAACCUGGACAUAGCAUUUCCAUCAGUUACUCUUGAUUCUUGCAUGCUUAUCAGCAAAACAAUGAACAGUGGGUUUGUUGAUUUGACUGGCUCACCUGGUAUACGUGGUCUUGGAAAUGAACAAAGUUCUCAAAAGGAAAAUCAGCGAAAUGGAGGAAAGCAGAAAAAUCAAUCUCUUGAAACUCCAACUCAGCAGAAUAGUGCACGUUGUGCUAGUGUGUCUGGUUAUUCCUCUCAGUCAUUCUGUCCCUCCCCCAGUAUUUUUACAUAUCCAGACACAGUAUUCUAUAACUUUGAAGAAGGCCGAUUGUAUAAUAAGUUCGCACGAGGCCAGAUAUGGGCUCUUUACAGUGAUUUUGAUAAACUUCCCAAGUACUACGGUUGGGUUACCAAAGUUGAUAUAGAUCCAUUCGUAGUGCAUUUGACUUGGCUCGAAGCUUGCCCUCAACUGGAGCAGGAGAAGAUGUGGUUAGAGCAGGACGUACCUGUGAGCUGUGGGACAUUUAAAAUCUGUAACUGGAGGAUGAAGUACGACACAAAUGAUGCAUUCUCUCAUUUAGUAGAAACAACCCAAGUUGGUUGCAAACGGCACUUCGAGAUUCACCCACAAGUAGGGGAGAUUUGGGCCAUGUACAACAACUGGUCACCUGACUGGGUUCCUUCCAGCAAGGAUGCUUGUGAAUAUGCCAUUGGUGAGAUUACUGAACGCACUGAAGCUAGCACGAAAGUCUUAUUUCUCACUCAAGUAGAAGGUUACAGAACUGUGUUCAGGCCAGACAAUGAAAAGAGUAUUCUGGAGGUACCUACAAAAGACUACAUACGGUUUUCUCACCGUAUACCUUCUUCCUGUCUGACAAAGGAAAAAGGUGGCCAUCUUUGUGGCUUCUGGGAGCUGGAUCCAGCUUCUAUUCCUGAUCCUUUCCUGUCCGGGGCCACCCACUGACUUGCAGAGGUUGAAGUCGACUGUUCUGAAGAAACUAAGACUAAAUUACUUCCCAUUACUUUGAGUGGUGAUCUGUUUAAUUGUAUGCUCUUCUGGGUGUUCGUACCCCACACAAUUGCGGUUAGAGCCAAACCUUGCUAUAUAUUCCCAGUUCAUAGGCCUCAGUACUCUUUUAUUUUCUACAGAGCUUAAAAUUGUAUCUAGUGUUGGUAUUUGGUAUGUGAUGCUUGUGAUACUGUCAUCACUCCCUUCGGAA